UUUGGUAAUCACGGUGUUUCUCUGUGGUGUGGUGAUCAUUGGUGGGAAACACAAUGUACAUGAAACAUGGCGUCGAGUGAUAUUGGCUUAGUACCAAAUGUAUUAAGUAGUGAUGAAUGCUCAAAAAUACCGGAAGAUAUUCGGAAAAAAAUAGAGUCAUGUGUUAAAAUUAAAACUGAAGAAAGUAUCGUUGCUAGAGCAUUGUUGGAAACCACGAAAGUAAACUUGGAGGCAAGAAUUAUUACUGUUGAGAAAGAGCUUAGUGCAGUGAAGGAAGACAAUGGCACCAAGACAGUCAAACUUGAUUCGACUGAAAAGGAGGUGGAAGAGUUGCAGAAGAAAACAGAAUCAUCCCAAGCUGAAAUUACAAAACUACAAAGUUCAGUGCAUAGGCUAGAACAGGAAAGCAUUGAUUUUCGUCGACAACGUGACAGUGCAAUUGAUGAACGUGACAGCCUUCAGAAGAUGGUUGACAGGCGAAAUACAGAACUACAACGUAUGCAAGAGGAUGUCAAAAUGCUGAAUACUCAGCUUAAAGAUGCCAUUAAUACCAAAUGCGAAGCUAUUGCCAAAUAUGAAGGAGUCCAAAGUCAACAGGUUACACUUGAUUACAAGGAGAAACACUUAAAUCAAGAACAUGACCAACUCAGGAAACAGAUUCAGAACCUUACAGAAGAUUUGAACAAGCAUUCAGCUGAGCUCAUGACUAUGAGGAGAGAACACACAAAUAGGCUUCUUGCAUUGCAGACUCAACUCUCACAGAGUACUGAGGAGCUUCAGAUUGCUAAUCAGUCAAACGAAGAUCUGAAAUCUGCAAAUGCUACUUUACUUGGGAAGUUGGAAACUGCAAUGCAGAAAUUGGUAUCACAGCGAGAAAGUGAAAGCAAGUUGCAUGACAGUUAUGAGCAGGAACUUCUGGCACAGACUCGUCUGGCACAAAUAUACAAAGGAAUGAGUGAUGAUGCUUCAUCCAAAUCAGAGGAACUUUCAACUGCUGUUAAACAAUUGCAAACCUUAUUACAAGAUGCUUCAAAACAGUAUGGAGACCUUGAAACUGAAAUGAAGAGGAAGGAAGUGUUACAUGAAGAAGAACUGGCAAAGAAAGCAGAGUGCAUUGCUCUUCUAAAGAAAGAACUGGAAAAUGCAAAUGAACUGUUGAAGGCUGCAAGGCAAGAAACAUUAAAUGUUACUAUUGAGGGCUUAUCACCAUCAGCUGCAGCAGCUAGCCGUCUUAUUAAGUCAGGCAUGACAUUGACACAAAUUUAUAGUCAGUAUGUAGCAGUUUCUGAAGAGCUACUCUUACAGAAGGAAGAAACACGGAAAUUAAACCUGUAUAUAAACACAAUCAUAGAAGAAAUUGAGGAGAAAGCUCCAAUUCUUAAGAAACAACAUGAGGAUUAUGAUCAUGCUCUUGAAAAUGUGGCCACACUUACCAGAGAGAUUGAUAAGUAUAUUACAGAAUGUAAUAAGUUGCGUCAUGAAGCAGCUGAAGCGAAGAAAGCAGAGGCUCACUACAGCCGAGAAAAUAAACGUCUCAAAGAGGAAGUGGUUGAUUUGGCAAAGCAGGUGUGCUUCUUACUCAAAGAAGUUGAAGAAGCUCGAGGUGGUUUUGCUGCUGGACAGAGUCAUAUGGAAGAGUCUUGUUCAGACAUUACUAGUUCUUCCCAGGUAAUUUCGCAGACACUUGUAACAUUUAGUAACAUUGAGGAACUUCAGGCUAACAACCAAAAGCUGUUAAUGCUGGUAAGGGAAUUGAGCUCAAAACAAGAAGAAGCAGAGUGCUGUCAGUCUGAGUUUAAUCCAGAAGAAAUUCAAGCUAAAAUAGAGCAAUAUGCAAUGAAGGUAAAAGAAUUGGAAGAGAAUAAUGAACAACAUACAAAAAUGAUGGAGACGUUGCUUAGACAGCGGGACAUGUAUCGAACACUGUAUGAACAGCAGAUGCAGGGAGGUAGUAGUCCAAUAAAGCUGCCAGAGCAAUUGUCUCCAAAGCCUGCAAUGGUUACACAAGGAACAGUUCUACAGGAAAAGGAUAAAGUAAUUCAAGAAUUGAAAGCAAAACUAGAAGAGUCUCAGAAAGCUUUUAAGGAGCUUAAAGAAGAACUGGAUACAUAUCGAACGGAACGUCAGACCAAUGAACGGAUUUUGACGGAAGAACUAGAUACCAUGAGAUCUGAGCUCAGAGUACUUCGUACCCAGAAUUCUAAACUUCUUUCUCAGGCUGAGUACAAUGAUGAAAGGUUUAAACUUCUCAAUUCUAAUACAGUUAUUUACAAAUCACAGAUCACUGCAUUGGAAGAGAAAAACAAAAUGUACAGUUCAACUAUAAUCAAACAUGAACAAACUAUCAUGCACCUCAAAGAUGAAACAUUGGAUGCGCAGACCAAACUUUCGAAAGCCGAAGUGACUUUGGAGAAUUUGAAGAGACAGUGUCAGAUUUUGAAAGAGACAGAAGCUCGUCUGUUAAAAGAUAGAGAAGUACUUAAUCGUGAAAAGCAGAGUCAGUCCAUAUUAUUAGCUAACUUGGAAUCCAUCCGUACGAGUUUAGAACGUUCUGAAACGGAAGGGAAGUUACGUUUGGAGGGACGACUUGAUGAAGCUAUGAGGGAGUGUGCUGCACUUAGGAGGAGAUUACAGGAGGAACAAGAUCGGUUCCGUGAACUGUCUUCCCAUAUUGAACGUCAGUUAGAAACUGCAAAGAAACGUGAAGAAGAAGAGACAAGACUGGGGGCUCGAACAAGAGAGGAACUGGACUUAGUCAGGGAAGAGCUAGUUAAAGAAAAGAAAGAAGUUGAAUCUUUGACCAAGAAGAUAAGAGAAUUAGCAGCACCACCAACUCAAAAGACACCAACAGAAGUUGAGAUUAUGACAAAAAAGCUGAAGGAAAUUGAAACUCAGUUGAACCGAAGUCAGAAUGAGUUGAAGUCAACACAACAGCAACUAGCAUCUUCAAAGCAACAUGCUAAGCAAUACUCUGAGAUAUCUGAAGCUACUGAGAAGCAACUGAAGGCAGUUACAGCAAAGUUUGAUCAGUAUAAGGAAAUUACCGAGAAGAAACUAACAGAAUUGAGGAAUAGUGAAGAACAGUUGAAGAAGCGAGUUGCAGAUUUAAAUUCUCAGUUGUCAAAACUGACUGUUGGUACAAGUCAUUCAACAGCAGAACUAAAUGACCAGCUAGCCAAGAGCAAAAAUGAGCUCACAUCUGCACUUUCUGACCUUGAGGAAACCAGGAAGGACCUGAUCAAAGCACAGUCUGAUCUUGCAUCACUUUCAGGAAAUGCGCAAGCUGCUGAAGAGAAGUAUGCACAUGAGGUGGUUCUUCAUUCAACUGACAUUCAGGCUUUGUCCUCCAUGAAGGAAAAGCUUACAGCAUUAAAUUCUGAAGUGUCUGAACUUCGGCUUUCCAAAGAACAGGCUGAGAAUGCUGUAAACGAGCUUCGUUCAGGUUGGGAAGAGAGAGAAGAACACCUUAAAAAAGAAUUAAGUGAUACACGUCAGCAAAUAAAUGAUAUGGAUUCUCAGAAUUCCCUGCUGCAUGAUCAGAUUCAGGUAUUGAGUUCACAACUUGCUAUUCUUCAAGCAAGUGGUAAUCAGUUAGAAUCUUCAGUUGGAAAUGUAUCUAGUGGUUCAUUAAAUACAUCCAUAUCAGAAGAAGAAAUUAAAUCGUCUGAACAGUUACUUCAGAUUAUCAAGUACCUUCGUCGGGAGAAGGAUAUUGCUCUUUCCAAAUAUGAGGUCCUACGUACUGAGAAUCUUCGUCUGAAAUCACAGCAGGAGUAUCUUGAUAAGCAGUUAAAAGAAGCAAAGGAAUCAUUAUUGGUAGAGCAGGAAAGAAUGGAAGCAUCUUCAGUAACAGCUGUCAAACAUUCAGAACUGUUAAGGAAGCUUGAGACUUUGAAUGCAAUAACAGACAGUAAUCGUAUAUUGCGUGAAGAACGAGAUGGUCUCCAAGCCAGAGUUAAUGAAUUACUAAAGCAGGUGGAGAAGUUGGAAAAGGAAUUAGGCCCAUUGCAGGAAUCUAACACUGAUCUGUCAUCUCGUGUUGAAUCUAUGACUGCUGAGAAUGUUGCACUUCGUGGAGAAGCUGGAAGGUUGAGGCAGAGAGUGAACUUCCUGAUUGAGCGAUCAAGCAAGACAAGUCCUGAGGAUUGGAGGCGGUUGCAGCAGGAGAGAGAAGGACUUACAAGGCAGUUAAGUGGAGAGAAGGAAGCUCACCAGAAAACUCAGGAAGAAAAUAGAGGGCUCAGGCAAGAGAAGUUCCGGCUGGAGGAACAGUUAAGUGCCCUUCAGCGACUACAACAACAGCAAGCAGAAGAUCUGCGUAAACGUAUUGAUGAAGUGAACACACUCAACCAAUCUUCCUUACUUAAGAAUAAUGAAGAAUUGGCUACAAUCACAGAAGAUCUGGGUGCCAAAGAAGCACUUUUGAAUGACACCAGAAAUAAGGAAUUACAGAUUCGUAAGAUAGCCAGGCGAUACAAGUCACAAUUUGAAGAACUAACAAAAACAGUGGAGGAGGAGAAGAAGGCUGCUAAAGAAAAGGAAGACGCUGCUACUGCUGUAGCUGCAUCCAUCCAAGACAUCCCUUCGGAAACUCAAGAGCAGCUGCGUGAUGAGGGUAGGAGGGAAGUGGAGGGUAAAAUUAAGGAGGUUGAAAGCAGACAUUUUGAUGUAGUCAAGGAGCUAACAGAGCAGGUUACAAGUUCACAUGAGGAAGCAGAAAUACUUCGUAAAGAGAAUGAUUCAUUGAAGACUUCUGCAGCUGAUAAGGAAGAAAGAGCCAAGUCAGUACUGAAGAAUGCUCGACAGAAAAUAAUGCAACUAACAGAGGCAAAGAACCAGUUGACCUGUCAGCUGUCUGAAUUGAAACAAUCUAAAGAUGAAGAUGUUGUGCAUAUGAAAGAACAGUAUGAAAGUCAGAUUUCUCAUUUGGAAAAAGAGAAUGCAGAUAUGCGUGCUGAGAAACAGCAAGAAAAAGAACGUAUGGUGCGAGAUAUAGAUGCUUUGAAUCAGCGAGAAUUGGCUACAAUCACAGAAGAUCUGGGUGCCAAAGAAGCACUUUUGAAUGACACCAGAAAUAAGGAAUUACAGAUUCGUAAGAUAGCCAGGCGAUACAAGUCACAAUUUGAAGAACUAACAAAAACAGUGGAGGAGGAGAAGAAGGCUGCUAAAGAAAAGGAAGACGCUGCUACUGCUGUAGCUGCAUCCAUCCAAGACAUCCCUUCGGAAACUCAAGAGCAGCUGCGUGAUGAGGGUAGGAGGGAAGUGGAGGGUAAAAUUAAGGAGGUUGAAAGCAGACAUUUUGAUGUAGUCAAGGAGCUAACAGAGCAGGUUACAAGUUCACAUGAGGAAGCAGAAAUACUUCGUAAAGAGAAUGAUUCAUUGAAGACUUCUGCAGCUGAUAAGGAAGAAAGAGCCAAGUCAGUACUGAAGAAUGCUCGACAGAAAAUAAUGCAACUAACAGAGGCAAAGAACCAGUUGACCUGUCAGCUGUCUGAAUUGAAACAAUCUAAAGAUGAAGAUGUUGUGCAUAUGAAAGAACAGUAUGAAAGUCAGAUUUCUCAUUUGGAAAAAGAGAAUGCAGAUAUGCGUGCUGAGAAACAGCAAGAAAAAGAACGUAUGGUGCGAGAUAUAGAUGCUUUGAAUCAGCGAUUAAAUCUGCUGCAACGCCAAUUGGAUAAACAGCAGGGCUCCAAACCUUCUACAAGUUCUGGUCCUGUUGAGAAAGUUAAUGUUGAACCUCCAACAGCCAAUAUAAAGCCAAUGGCAGGACCAUCUUCAACUCAGUCCAAGCAGCAACCGAUGCAGCAGUCUGUAACAGUCACACCAUGGCCAGGACGAGGAGAAACUCCUUUUGCCAGUAUUCGGCCCAUGUCAAUGCAGUCACGUACAGUGGCAGUGCUGCCAACGAGUCAGACAAGCAGUUCUAGUAGUAGUCAAACACCAUCCAGUCAGAGCACGCAGGUUUUAGUUCCACCACAGCAGCAGCUGGUUCAUACAACAGGCUCAGCAAGUGGUGCAGGUGCAGAAGUGUUAUCAUCAUCACCCACCUCAUCUCACACAGAUUACAUGCCAGCUACCAGCUCGGCUGGGCCCUCAGUGGGUCCCAUUCGGCAAAUAGCAGUGCAGCCAACGCAGCAGGCUACUGUUACGACUGUCACAGUUGGGCCAUCACCUAGUUCACGUGAGGAGCCACCACUCUUAGCAGCUGAGUCAACACAGGAUAUAGAAACAGAAUCAGAUGAUAUGGAAGUCCAACAAAUUCCUGGUGCUUCUUCACAGCAACAGCAGCAGCAACAGGGCCAACAAGCUGUGGCAUUAGUUCUACCCAGAGUGGAGCAACAAACAUCCACUACACAAACGACUCAGACCCAGGCCCAGCUGAUUGUAGAACAGUCAGUAGUUGUAGCAAGCAGCCAAGCCAAUAGCAGUAACACCGUAACCACUUCACAGGCAGGAGUUAAGCGUCAGAGGGAUAUGAAGGGAGACAGUACAAGUAGAAUUGAGGAAAAGAGCGGUGGACCGUCACAGGCAAAGCGACCACGGGGGGCACAAGAGAUGUUCCAGCCAGUCCCCUCUGAGUCAGGUGUUGAUGUGGAAUAUCAAGUACCAACAUCAUCACAGAGGGACCAUGAAGAUGAAGUCAUUGUGGUUGACUCUGAAGAGGAUGAUGAGGAUGGAAUUGCAGAUGAGGGAGUAACUGAAGAACCUGAUGAUGGUCCUGAAUUUGAGGAGGAAACAGACAAUGGGGAGAGCUAUGAGGUUGAAGGUUAUGACAGAGAUGAACAGGAUUUGACUGCAUAUGAUGAAGGUGAGGGUCCUGACAUAGAUGAGGAAUCAGCACCGGACCAAGUCAAUAAUGAAGUGGAAAUAAUGGAGGACAGUAAUGAAGUACCAAACCAGUCUGGCAGCAGUAUUAAAGGAACUGUGGAUAACAGUGCUGGUCAGUCUGUAGCAAGUUCUGCCUCUAUGCCAGUGGCAUCCUCAGUGGAAGUACUUCAUCCCUCACAACAGCAACACUCUGAAGCUACCAGCAGUGGGUCAGUUACACAGCCUGAGGGUGGAAGUGUCAGCUCAGUAGUUAUGAGUCAUGCCUCUCCCUCAGUUCCUAGUAGCUUUACAAGAGGAAGACACAUUCCUCCUCUGUGCAGGCAACAACAGCAUUUGGUAUUACAGCCUCCAAGUUAUGAAGAUGCUGGAGAUGAUAGCAUUGUUCCCAGUACUCCCACACUGUUUGUUCCAAGGCGUACAGAUGGUUUUGGGGAGGCAGUCAGUUCUCCACAAGUACCAACAGGAAGGUUUACCUUCUCUGACACAAACCCACCUGCUGCCCGAGCAGGAGUGGCUCAGGUGGCUUCUGAAGGAAUGGAUGAUACUCGUAUGGAUCUGACACAGCUUGAGGAUUCUGGGACAGGACGAAGUGUUCCCACCACUCCUCUCCAGGUGUCACCACAGGGUGAUUUGGGUGCACUGGAUAUGCCAGGUGAGGUUGGCCAGAGUGUGGGUGGCAGUGAUGGUGAACAGGUGCUUCCAGAGCACCAGGAAGUGCAUGCAGAAGCUGGUACCAGUACCGAAGUUCCAAGCAGCAUCCCUGCCAUCACAGUGACACAUACUGUAGAGAGAGGAGCUACUGCCACAGAACAGGAGAUGCCCCCACCACAAGUAGCAGAAAUGGGUGGAUCAGGUGAACCUAGAGGGUUGUCCGAAGAUCAGGUUGUUGAGCAGGAAGAUAUUUUGGACAUGGCAGAUGAAGGAGGUGAUGGAGUAAGUUCUGAGGGAGAGAAAUCCCAGGCAGUGGAAGAAAUUGAAGAGGGACGUGAGGCAGAGGCAACAGUGGAGCCUGCAAUGAGCAGCACUUCUUCACAGCGAGUGCAUGGAGGCACAGUCCGACGGUCUGGCCGUACUACAUUCAGGAAUCGAGGUCGAGUGGCCAUGAGACCCACACCCAUUGUUUGGAAUGAGCCAGGUUCCACUUCCAGAGGACGGGGUAUGAUGAUGAGAGGAGGACCAAGUGAUCCCCAAAGAGGCAACUUUCAGCGAGGUCCUCCAAGGGCACGUCGGAUGCGAGGGAAACCAAAGGGUAACUUUCCCCCAUAUCAAAUGAGAUUUUAAUAACAAUGUUUGAAAUCAUGUGGCAGUCAACUUUUCCCCUUUUAUUUUAACACGGCUUUUAUGUUUUAUAUUAGCAGUACAUUCCAGUGUAGGAAUUUUGCUAUGUGCAUGUAAUAUUUUGUAUUGCAGUUGUCAAUCGAUGUGUUCAGUGUACAGUUUUCAGUCCGUUUAUGAAGAUUAGGUUUGUAAAUACAGCAUGGAUAUUUGAUACUGCAUCUUCUCUGCUGUGGGUGAUUACUGUGUGAGUUGCCACAAAUUGUUGCAAGUCAGCAGCAGUGAUAAGAAGAAGUGUUGUUAUACUCCCAUGUGAUAUUUAUAUGUAACUCUGCCAUACAAGAUUCCCUGUUGAAUGUUGGAAAGUUUGUACUAGAGUAUUGAGUAUUUUUGUGUGAAGCUUAUGUUGUGUAUAAGUCCAGUGGGAAGUGUCACAUAAAAUUCAGGAGAGUUUUUGGGGUUUAAGUUCCCCACAGAAACAGUAUUCAGAAUAUUGUUAGUAAAGUUUUUGCAUCUCAUGCGUUAAUAGACAGUAAACUGAAAUGUUAGUGUUUAGUAUUAAUAGAACUUUGCAUGUAAGAUAUGAAUUGUCUGUUCCAUUACCUGUUAUUUUACAUGUUCACAUAACAUUUCAUGUAAAACCAAGCUGCAUUCAUAAAAAUAUGAACCUGGGAUUAGGUUCCCAGUCAUGAACUGACUGAAGAUACCAGUACAGAAAUUUAUUCUUGCUAUUAGAUUGCACAGCUCUGGUUUUGUAAGGCUGUAGAUUCAAUAAUUUAUUAUUAGUUUACAUAUUUCCUUUUUAUAUUCCCAUUUCUUGUGAAAAUUGCUUAAGAGGUGAAUGUUUAAACCAAGCUCUGACAUUGUCAAACUUUUCUUCUCUUAAUACGCAACGUUGAUGUUCUAGUUUAUUGUUUACUGACAUGCCAAUUCUUCUUUUAUUGAUAAAAGACUGAAUACUCUUUCUGUUGGAAAGUCAAACCCCAUGAAACUUAUUCUGCUUAAUUUUCUAACAUAUCCUAGUGAAUUUAUAUGUAAUGUAAAAUUAAUACAAAAACACUUGAUGUAGUGUAAACUUGUGCAUGUCUAACGCUAAGGGAAUUUUGCGCAACACAUUGAAACAUGCGGAGGUCACAAAAGUGAGUAAUAUUACUUAUUAUGAUGUUCACUUAUGGUGACUUGACACUGAUUGUGCAUAGCAGAAAGGCCCUGCCACCAAAUAUCUUCCCUGUUUAUGUUAUCAGGAUUUUCUAUGCUUGUGGAUGCUGAAUGAACCUUCAGAGUGUACCGUAUGCAGAAAUUGUCUGCAGUACUGUUGUGUUUGGAAAGCAUUUCACAGUUUGCCAUAUAUUAUGGAAACAUCACUAAAAUUUGUAUAGGUUCCAUUCUAUCCAAUAAACAGAUACAUAACUUGUGUUUAA